UAUAAGGUCUUGCUUCGGAGAAAAAGGUAGAAGUAUAAGCAUAUCCUUGUAUUCAUAUUCAUAAUGAUUACCUUAUACUCGCGAGGAUAUCCUCCAAGAAGAAGUAAAAGGUUGACUGCGACAUGUCCUGACUUGUUCCAGCUUGUAGUUGACGUGGGAGUUUGUUCACUCAGCAUCACUGCCAGUUGUACUCCAGAGCUUACACAGACCGUUCCGUAUUUUUACUGGAUACAGUUUUUUAACAAAUUAAUAAGCAUGUCAUCCUCAAGUGAUGAGGAAACUAUAGAAAAUAAUGGCAACGACCUGCAGUUCAUCGCAGAUGAAAUUGCCAUUGCUCCCAUUAUUUUGCAAAAUUAAAAAUGAGAAAGGACGAUGUCUUGAAGAAGAUGUUGAAAAAAUACGAAUAAACAUUUUGUAAACC